AUGCAGAAAGUAUAUGAUCAUGAUACGUUUACAUUGGAUGACAAAAUGGGAUAUGCGGAAAUUGACGUGAAACCGAUUUUGGAGGCACUAAAUAUGACAAAGGAAAACCAUCACCCGAGUGGCACUGUUUUAACUACAAUACAACCCAUUCGAACAAAUUUCUUGGCUGAAGAAAGCAAUAUAAUGUGGGAAAACAACAAAAUCUUUCAAGAAAUGUGUCUCAGAUUGCGAAUGGUGGAACGUGGUUUAGUUGAACUCGAAGUGACUUGGAUUAAUAAUCCGGAUCCUGGUAGUAACACUUAG